AUGUCCCAGACAAUGAACACUAGUGGAAAUACUAUGGUGAAUAGUAUUGGGAACAACAUCGGAAACAGUCUUGCCACUAGUACCAACGGCCCUGGAAUGAUCGUUACCAAUAACGGGCCCAGCAACACGAUGGGAAACUCAACGCCAGCCACACCGACCAACAAUUGCCAGUCGAUCAGAUAUUGCUGGGAAGCCGAUAAAGUGAAAACGCUCAUCCGACUACGCGCAGAACUGUCACCACUAUUCACCGGCAAGCGAAAUGCCUCCAAAUAUGCGUGGGCGGUCGUCGAACGCGAACUCAGUGUGCCUUUGCCGAUUUCAAAAAUUAUCAAAAAAUGGAAUAACCUACUGCAGGAGUACAAGGCCAUCAAAAUGUCGGAGGAACCAAAGCGCCGAGAAUGGCCCUUCUUCAACUUGAUGGACGUGUACUUCAGCGAUCAGGUGAACGAUCCCACCCUUCGUCUCUUCUCAUCAACCAAACGGUUCGAUUCGGACACAUUGGAUGAUGCUCAGUUUGACGAUGAGAUUAUGAACCAGACGGCUGCGGUGGCCAUUGCUGCCGCGGCGGCCGCCUCUGCUGCCGCAGCAAAUGCCGCUAGUCAACACAAAAUUAAAGGGGAACUGAUCCAUGGCCACAGCGGGGGCAGCAUGCUGGAUAUCUCGGACAUAAUUGAGGAUCACCUGGGAAGCGGGGACUCGAAGCUAGACCAGUUCAAGAGAGAAAUUGUACUCAGCCAGUUUAGCAACGUAUCGGAACGAAGUAAUAGUAGCAGUCGAAAGGAGAAAAAUAACAACAACACCAAUAGUAACAAUAACAACAACAGUAAUAGUAACUCUAAUAACAAUAGUAACAACAACAACAACAAUAACAACAGUAACAACAACAACAACAACAACGGAAACGCUACUAACAACGGUGGCAAUAGUUACAGGGAAAAGGAAAAACAGCUUAUCGAAAGCUUAAGUCAAAGUCCCGGGACGGGUCAAAUAAGCAACGGGGGUGGCAACAAUGCCAGUCCCGAGAGUAGUAGUUUGAACAGUAGUCCAGCCAGCCAUGUCAGUAGCACCAACGGGUCCAAAAUGACCAACGGACCGUCGACAAAUGCAAAUUUCAACGCGCUGUUGGCGGCCGCCAGCAGUACUCACAAUGGGAGCAACCUGCACAGUAACAGUAGUAGUGCGAUUAGCAGCACGGACCGUGACACUGACUACGACGAUUAUCCGAACGAUAGAGACAGCAUGUAUGAGGGGGGAAGUACAAAUUUGAAAAAUCUCAACCAGAAACUCCUGCACCAAAUGAACGAACAUCACAACAUUGAUCAGUAUCUUCUAUCAUGGCGUGGUUUUCAUGGAAACAUGUGCAAAGGCUUCCACAGUCUGCAGCGCGAUGGCCAAAUGGUGGAUGUUACGAUCGCUGCCGGUGGAAAAAUCUUCAAAGCACACAAGCUGGUCCUGUCGGUGUGCAGUCCAUAUUUUCAGAAAAUCUUCCUUGAACAUCCGUCGCAGCAUCCAAUCCUGUUCAUGACUGAUGUCAACGCCCACCACAUGGCCGGUUUGUUGGAUUUUAUGUACAGUGGACAAGUAAACGUCAAGUACGAGGAUUUGCCAAACUUCUUGAAGGUAGCAGAAGCUCUGCAAGUGAAAGGAUUACAUGGAGAGAGUACCAACGAUAACGAAGAGCGUGAUUAUCAGCAACAGCAACAACAGCAUGCCCUUCGUCUUCAAGAGCAGCAACGCCUAUACCAGCAACAACAACAGCAGCAACAGAACAUGGCUCAUCAUCAGCAAAAUUUGGCCCAUCAACGACAACAACUACUUCAAGCAGCUCAACAACAAGCCCAAGCCGUUGCUCAUGCCCAGCAACAGCAGGCGGUUCAGCAGGCACAGCAAGCCGCCGCUGCUGCUGCUGCCCAACAGCAACAGCUGGUCAGUCGCAACAGCUUCAAAGAGCUGAUGAAGGCCAAACAUGCGGCCGCAGUUGCCGUACUGAACGAAGAUUACUUAAACAACAAUGCUAACAAUAUCAACAACAAUAAUACUACCACGAACAAUGCCAACCUCAACAACAAUCUCAGCUCCAUGAAUAACAACAACCUCUCGCAAUUUGGUGUCCACCAGGUGAAUCCCUCGAAGAAAAUGCUAGACAAUCAGAAAUACCAGAAGUAUUAUUCGAAGAGAAAGCUGGUUCAACAGUACGAACAGGAAAUGCGAGCGGAAAAACGGAAACUGGGCAUUGAAGAUGUUAUACAAGCGGCAGCAGCAGCCAAGGCACUGAACCUGCGACUAAACAAUGGCGGGAUGGCCAGUCCGGUAGGUCCCGGGACACCGACACCGAAUCCACCAGAAACACCAACAAACGGCAGUGCUAGCGGAACCGACGAAGAACAACCAGCGUUGCUACAGAACAUCAAAUCAGAACCCAAUUACGACGAAGACGAAGGCAUGGAAGUGGAUCAGGACCAUCAUUCAGGCGCGGCAAACAAUAAUAACAACAACAACAAUAACAACAGCAGCAUCAACAAUAACAACCACGAUGAGGACUACUACAGUCAGCGCGACUCGGUUAUCGGCAAAUCGAUCAAGCAUUCCAUUCUCGAGCCAAAUAUAGUAUUAAAGCAGAGCGAAGAGUGUCUCAACACAAGCAGCCAGACGGGUAGUCUCAAUUUGUGCAAGAACGUCAGCUAG